AUGGCAGAGUUCGUACGUGCCCAGAUCUUCGGCACGACGUUCGAGAUCACCAGCAGAUACACCGAUCUGCAACCUGUGGGAAUGGGCGCAUUUGGUCUUGUUUGCUCCGCAAAGGACCAGCUCACCGGGCAAGCCGUGGCCGUCAAGAAGAUCAUGAAGCCCUUCUCCACGCCAGUCCUCUCCAAGCGCACUUACCGUGAGCUGAAGCUCUUGAAGCACCUCAAGCACGAGAACGUGAUCAGCCUCAGCGACAUCUUCAUCUCCCCGCUUGAGGAUAUUUAUUUUGUCACCGAAUUGCUCGGCACCGACCUGCACCGGCUCCUGACCUCGCGACCGCUCGAGAAGCAAUUCAUUCAGUACUUCCUCUACCAGAUCCUGCGUGGCUUGAAAUACGUCCACUCUGCUGGUGUAGUGCAUCGCGACCUCAAGCCCUCCAACAUCCUCGUCAACGAAAACUGCGACCUGAAGAUUUGCGACUUCGGUCUUGCCCGUAUUCAGGACCCUCAGAUGACGGGAUAUGUCUCGACGAGAUACUACCGAGCCCCCGAGAUCAUGCUCACAUGGCAAAAGUACGACGUCGAAGUGGAUAUCUGGAGUGCGGGAUGUAUCUUUGCAGAGAUGCUUGAGGGCAAGCCACUUUUUCCGGGCAAGGAUCACGUCAACCAGUUCUCCAUCAUCACUGAGCUGCUGGGCACGCCUCCGGAUGAUGUUAUUUCCACCAUCUGCAGCGAGAACACUCUCAGAUUCGUGCAGUCCCUGCCAAAGCGCGAGCGACAACCUCUGAAGAACAAGUUCAAGAACGCUGAUCCUCAAGCUAUCGAGCUCCUCGAGCGCAUGCUUGUCUUCGAUCCACAGAAACGCGUCAAGGCCGGCGAAGCGCUUGCAGACCCCUAUCUCGCACCCUACCACGAUCCGACCGACGAGCCAGAAGCUGAAGAGAAGUUCGAUUGGAGUUUCAACGAUGCCGAUCUUCCGGUCGAUACCUGGAAGAUCAUGAUGUAUUCUGAAAUCCUGGACUAUCAUAACGUGGACUCGGCGAAUGGCGAGACGGGAGAGAAUGGAGCGGCUCAGGCAUAA